UCUGCCUCUGAUCUCAGAAAAGCAGUUUCCUUGAUGACCAAAAGAUUCUUUGUCCAGAAAUGGAGUGAAGAGGACAUGAGAGACAUUUUCUGUAAGAAGGGAUGCUCAGUAGUCAUCACUGACAUUGGCUGAAGCCACCUUCACAGAAGCCUGUUGAGGCCACAGCAGAGUGCUUGGAUUGAUGGUGUCAGUGCUGCACUCACAUAGGGGUGGAGCCAGGAUGUGAUGCAACAGCAGGAAGAAGGUGUGUCUUGCUCUUUGCCGGUUCCUGUUUGCUGUUUGCAGUCACCAUGAAAGAUGUCCCAGCCAUGCCCGCCUACCUGGGAGCCAACUGAGUGUGGACUGAAACCUCCAAAAACUGAUGAGGAUUUUAAAAUGAACACCUGUAUGGAAAGCUGAGUCUGAAAUUCAAGAUCUACAGUCUCUUCUCAGAGACCUACAAACAGGAUACAGUGUGAUCUGAGGUUUCUCCAUCUAGAUGGCAAGCCCCAACCAGACACUGGUGACCGAGUUUGUGCUGGAGGGGUUCUCAGAGCACCCUGGGCUGAGACUAUUCUUGCUUGGCUUCUUCCUGUCCAUCUAGAUGGCAAGCCCCAACCAGACACUGGUGACCCAGUUUGUGCUGGAGGGGUUCUCAGAGCACCCUGGGCUGAGACUGUUCUUGCUUGGCUUCUUCCUGUCCCUCUAUGCUGUGGCACUCACAGGUAAUGCUGUGAUUAUUGCUUUGGUCAGCUUCACCAAUGGUCUCCACAGCCCCAUGUACUUUUUUCUGUGCAACUUGGCUAGCAUGGAUAUCAUCUGCACCUCCUCUGUGCUACCCAAGGUGCUGUUUGGCCUGGCAUCUGCAGAAAACACCAUCUCCUUCCAGGGAUGCAUGACUCAACUCUUCUUCCUCAUCUGGUCAGCAUCCUCUGAGCUGCUGCUGCUCACGGUCAUGGCCUAUGACCGCUAUGUGGCCAUCUGCUUUCCUCUGCACUACAGCUCCAGGAUGAGCCCUUACCUCUGUGGGGCCCUGGCCAUGGCUGUGUGGGGCAUCUGUGCCUUGAACGCUUCUGUCAACACUGGUCUGAUGACACAGUUGUCAUUCUGUGGCCCCAGGGUGAUCACUCACUUUUUCUGUGAGAUCCCCCCUCUUCUGCUGCUGUCUUGCAGCCCCACACAUGUGAACAGCAUCAUGACUCUCCUGGCUGAUGCCUUCUAUGGAUGCCUCAACUUCCUGCUCACCCUGCUCUCAUAUGGCUGCAUAGUGUCCAGCAUCUUGCGAAUGCACUCAGUUGAAGGGAGACGGAAGGCCUUUUCCACCUGCUCCUCUCACCUCAUUGUGGUCUCGGUGUUCUACUCAUCUGUGUUCUGUGCCUACAUCAGCCCUGCCUCAAGUUACAGCCCAGAGAGAAAUAAAGUGUCUGGAGUGCUGUACACAGCACUGAGCCCUGCCCUGAACCCCCUCAUCUACACUCUGAGGAACCAGGAGGUUAGGCGUGCCCUGUGGAGACUUUUGCCCUUCUCUAGACGUCAGGUGUAGCUGCUCAGGAAUCAGGAAUCCCAACCCCCUGAAAGAAGACUAGUAAAGAUGAGACUUGACUAUCACCAUGUUUGCAAAAUCCCCCUUGAACAUGGAAGCUUUAGCCUCUGCUAUGUGAGUUAUUUCAUGUAGGUUAUGUAGAUCUUGUGCAGCUAGUAAAUGUCUGCUCCACAGAAGCAGCAGAAUUUAUCCUCUAAUGAACAGCUUUUCCCAAUCGCUACCUUUUGCCAUUGGAGGAUGCUCCACUCAACCUUGUCAGGAAGUAUGUGAAGACCAUUACCAUUUUUUCAUUGUAUAUUCCAUAAUUGGGUGACUCUCCCAAAAGCUUUAUGUGCAAAAUCUACACUCUGUCUGAUGAGACAGAAUUGUAGUGGCAACUGGGGUCUCCUCCUUCCAAAUGUUUGGACACAACCAGAGUCAUCACUGUUUAAGAACCCUUUAUCAUCACGGGGCCUUAUUUUACUUUCAUACCCUGAUGCUUUUUCUCCUUGCAUGAGUUCCUUGUAUAUAGUUUUCAUUUCUCUUGGUUACCAUCAAAUCCACUGUCAUCAUCAUGCUGGAAUCAAUGUCGAAAUACUCAGAUAGUCCUAGGUCAGUUAUACAUCAGGAGUGCCAGCCUUCAUGUGAGAUGUAUAUAGUAUGUUUUUCAUGGCACUUCUUGUUUCUAGAAAGCCAAGUUGCCUUCUCAGUUGCACGUGAUGUCCCAGAUGCCCACACAUAAAUUUUCAUCACCAUGAGUCACCUGCAAAAAGUCCUUGGCUCCUGAUGCACUUGUUUCUUCAUUACAUACCUUUGUGGGCUGAAAUAUGUCCCUCUGAACAUAUACUAAAGGUCUAGCACCUGGUAUUGUGAAUAUGAUCUCACUGUGGAAAUAGGGUCGUUGAAGAUCUAGGUAGUUAAGAUGAGGUUGUUAAAGUGGGCCCAGGGUCAUCACUUACUUCUGUGAGAAGUCAAAUUCACUAUGAGUGGUGUCCUUGUGAGAGACACAGACCCACAGUCACACAGGAAGUAUGCCAAAUGAAGUCAGAAUUCUGGAGUGGUACUAGCUGGGAAAUGCCAGGAUUGAAAACUGCCACCAGAAGCUAGAAAGAGCAACCAAGGAUUUUUUCCUGCAGGUCUCAGAGUGGGCAUGACCAUGCUGACAUGUUGAUUUAGGUAUUCUGGCUCCCAGAACUGUGAAAAAAUAAAUUUCUAUGGUU